CUCAGUCAGUCUGACCGCCCACAGUCCGGGGGGAGAAAGUGCUGCUUUGUGAAUGAAGGGAGCGGCGGAGGGCAGAAAACAAAACUUUGCCGAAAUUAUUUCCGACUGGUGGCGAUUUUAAAUUCAACCGAGAGGCUUUUUUUUUUUCUCGACGGUGCAACAAGCGACACCUGGCCGACGAGGAACCGGGAAUAUCACGGCAUUUCAGAGAAAAGCUGUAAAUCAUGGUGGUCAGUGUGGCCCUUGUGGUCUGUCUGUGCCUGGUUGUGGCAGUCAGCGGCGACCCCUGCCUCAUCAUCAGCGAGAUCAAUGCCGACAACCCGAGACUGGACACCACCGAGUUCGUGGAGCUGUAUCACACCAGUGGACAGCGGGCUUCGCUGGAUGGCUACACCCUUGUGUUUUAUAAUGGGAAUGGAAAUAUAGCCUACAAGGUGCUGGACCUCAAAGGCCACAGCACUGAUGACAGAGGAUUCUUCCUGGUGGGCUCCGUGGACAUGUUGCCCAAACCGGCCAUCCUCCUGCCUCCCAACACAGUCCAGAACGGCCCGGACGCCAUCGUACUCUACCACACAUCUGCUGCCCGCUACAGUGAGAAGAUGAACGUCUCGGCCCUGGGGCUGGUGGACGCCGUGGUGUACAUGACCCGCCGUACAGGGGGCGCAGAGUUCCUAGCUGAAACUCUGACGCCAGGGGAGCCGGCCUUCGUUGAGGACGAAACUGCACUAGAGGGGGACGAGUCAAUUGAGAGGUGCCUACUGUCCGAAGAUCGCUGGGGCUUUCAGGUGUCCUCACCCUCCCCAGGACAGAGGAAUAACUGCACCCCGCCUGCCGCCCCGGCAACCAUUCCUGUCAUUACUGAGCUGAAGCUGGGAGGCGGGCAGGUGGACGGGUUUGUGGAGCUAACAGAGGCUCCAACUGCCGGCCCUCUGGUGCUGGUCGUGUUGGAUGGGAAAACGGACAGGGUCAGUGUGAGUGUGAGUGUAGAUGUGGGUCUGACCACCUCCAGGAGUGGGUUGAUCUCCAUGACCAUAGACAAGAACUACAUGAAAGGAGACGAGUCGGGGGCAGUGGCUGUUUACAGUGGCAGAGCCUCAGACUUCCCUGUGGGUAGUCCACUGAGCCAGAUACAGCCUCUAGAUGCAUUUGUGUUUGCUGGACCCGGAAACAAGCCGAGUGCCAACCUCACAGAGACUCUGAUCCCAGGCAGACAGCCCUACCAGCUCAGCAACAGUUUGAGAGAGGGAGGCUUCUAUCUGAGUCGCUGUGGUGUGGCCACCUGGGCCAGAGAUCCUGGUGUCUUCUGGGAGGCCCCACAAACUCCUGGACAGCCCAACCAGUGCCCCUGGCCAAAGAUCUGCCCUCACAGUAUUGUAAUUCCAGGAGGUACAGAUUCACCGCCUCACCUCCCACCCUGGGGAAACAGUGACUUCCUGAUCAAUGAGCUGAACACGGAUACACCUGGAGCAGCUGAGGACGGCGAGUACAUCGAGCUGUGGCACCCAUCAGGACGCCGUGUCUCCCUGCAAGGCAUCUGGAUACUACUAUUCAGUGCGCACAACAACAGACCCUACAGGGAGAUCAGUCUUAGUGGACACUUCACCACUUCUAAGGGCUACUUUCUGCUGGGCAGUGACAGGUUGGUGCCAGCUCCAUCACUCCGCCUGCCCCCCAAUACCAUCCAGAACGGACCAGAUGCUGUGGCACUCUAUCGAAGCCCUCUUGGCCCACCAUCAGCCACAAGGGGGAUCCCCACCAAAGGCCUGCUGGAUGCAGUUGUGUAUCGGCAGAGAGGAUCAGAUAAGGAGGCGCAGGAGCUGAGUAAAGCUCUCACCCCAGGGCAGCUGCCUCUGCUGGAGGAUCCAGAGGUUCUGCCAGGAGAUGAGGCCCUCAGCCGCUGUAGAGGCCUUUACCCCUAUGACCUGUCUGCUUUUUCAGUGGCUCCACCCACCCCUCUGAGGGAGAACAGCUGCCCACGACCCCCUCCAGCCCCUGAGGGUGUGGUCAUCAGUGAGGUGGCUAGUGGCCACUGGACCAAUCACAGCCAGCAGAGGGCCUUUGUGGAGCUUCAUGGCCCCCCCAUGACAGACCUGAGGGGCCUGGUGCUCACUGUGUUUGACCAGGAACGCAGUGGGACUGUGAUUGCCCUCCCUUUGACCGGAUCUGUUGACCAGGAUGGAUUUUACAUUGUUGGAAAUGUCACUGGAGCAGAUCAGACUUUCACGGAGGGCUCCACGGUGCCGGUACGAGGAGCGGUAGUCCUGUGCUAUGACCUGUUCAGUGUCUGUAGAGCUGGCACAGCUCUGACCAACUCCAGUCUCCGAGAUGUACUUGUGUUCAGUGAAAACCAGCAGCUGCUCUCCUCUCUGUCCACCACCAGAGGGAGACAAAUUAUUCCAGCUCUCAGGUCAGUGGAAGAUGGCCCUGUUUCGCUCAGCCGGUGUUCCUGCUGUGAGGUGAGGAGCCCCUCCUCCUGGACAAGCUCCUCGCCCACACCUCACAGCACCAACCUCUGUCCGAGCUCCGCCUUCUCAAGUCACAUUGACCUUUGCCUCGGACCCUUGUCCAGUGACUGGCAGGAGCAGUCAGGAGACUGCAGUGCUCUGAUUCAGGGGAAAAGAGUGGCUGAGGUUGCCGACUACCUGGAGCAGAAGUGUCACUGUGGUAUCUCUGCCUUGUAUCUCCAAGGAGCCAACUUUUCCUGUGUGUCCGGGUGGCUGCGAGUGUGGGGGAACAUCCAGGCGCUGUCAGACCAUCAGAAGGCCCUCAUCAUCCAGACGUCACACAUGCAUCCUUCAUCUGCGCAGGGAGACGUCUGCUCCUCUCCAACCACGGACCGUUACACAAGCACAGCGUCUGCCCUGGGGUUACAGAUAGGGCUGAUAGUAGCUGUGCUCCUGCUACUGGGACUAGGAGCUGCUUUGUUCACAUAUUUCUACAGGAGGAGGCGUCCUCUGGACUAUUACACCAUGGAGCUGAGUGAACACGCAGAGGGACUGUCAGAUCUAUAAUCUAGGUUUUGCAUCGCUGCGCUUGCAUCUGGAAGUGCUCAUGAGUGUUGGAGGACUUCAGCAGAGAGAGCGAGAGAAGGGGGUAAUCAGAGGUUAAUUUGACCUGUGCGUAACUGAUUGUGCGGUUGUUUUGAAACAAAUGCCACCACAAGUGUCCUUCUCUGUGUCUGUGGGAGAUCACUGAUGAAAUGACUCGUAGCUGUCAGAGUGUGCUUGCAUCCAGUAUGUGACGUGUGAUAUUUCACGGCAGCAGUGACACUUAAGACAUAAGGCAACCCAUGAGUUGAAUUUAAAAACGUAAAGAUAAUAACAUAUUUUUGUAAAGGUCAGUGUAUAACCUUUGCUGUGAACAGUGCUGGUUACUACUUUUAAAGGAAAAGGAAGAUAAAAGGGAGUUGUUUUUUAUUUUAAAUACUUGAGUCCUAAAUGGUCAUUUUUGUUGACUUGUUUAUGUUACUGUGGAAAAAGCCUUUAAAUUUAGAAAUUUAAACAACCAUGCUUUUGAUUUAUGCAGGAAGCUCUGUCAAUGUAAUGACCUUUCCUUCAUCACAUUCUCAGCUGGUACUACAGUGUUUUAACAGCAGACUUUGUAACCCAGAUAAUAUUUGUUAAGCUCACAUUUAUUCAGACUGGUCGACUUCCUGCUCUGUUUUCCUGCUACAUGCUGUAAUAGUCCAUUUUAGACUCUUGUCACUCAAGGGCUUGAUUGUCUUUUUAAAUGUGAAUGUCUUUAGCUAACUUGUGAUGAGUGUCUGUAACCACUUCUGUAUGCUUACUUAAAGCAAACUGUUUACAUUUUAUUGAUUUGAAAAUUAGAAAAAGGGAUGUGAGAGACGGAUGUUGAAGAAAUUUCUUGAAUGAAGAGUGUUUUUAGAAAUGAGAGAUUGCUUGGUGUUAAGAAAAUCAGCUAUUUUAUGUUUCACAUGUGUUUUAGUGGCUCAGAAACCUCUACUGUGCCUUUAUUUGCGUGUUAUUUGAUCAGCUGAUUCCUCAUUUAUUAGAGGCAAAUGUCAGCCAUCUCUGCUGCAGCCAUAAGUGUAAAUACUAAAUACUCUGGAUAUGAUGUUAGUAAUCUCAGGGGGGCAGUUAUCACCACUCUGAAAUGAUAAGUUAUUCUGAAAAUUGAAAAACAAGCUGGGGUCAGAGCAAAAGGUGAAAUAUUGGGAUUGUUAGUUUGAUUCCACCUUUGAUUCCAUCUUAAUUUACAAGUAAUCGUAAAAUUGCCAAUACAAAGUGCCAUUAAGUAAUUAUAAGCUUGGAUAUGCUCUAUUGAUGUGCUGCUUACCUUGUAAUGUUGCCUUACUCAUCUGCUGUGAUGCACAGUUUAUGCUUUAUUUACCUUGGUGAGGACAUUUUCUUCACUUCUAGUUGCUCAAUAUUGACAUUUAUUAAUACACAUCUGACAAGCAAAUCUAAAUAUAUAAAACCAGAUUCUUUUUACAAGUUCAACUAUAAAAAAGAAAAACUACACUAAAAAUCAUUUAAAUUGAGGCCUUUUUUAGCUUUCAAAUUGACCCUUGAAAUGUUAUAUAAUGUUCAUAAAUGUAUUUUAUUGUAAACUUCAUUAUUUUAAGGUUUUGUGUAAAAUGGUACAUGUAGAAAGUUUAAAACAAAAAGAAGAAGGAGGCAAUUGCACCCCAAGAUUACACCCUAAUAAUACACAUACCAAUGUGUUGACUCUUGAAUAAAAUGUGCGACAUGUUCUUCCUGACGAUGCUACACAACGCUGCAAAUUGCUGAAUGCAAUUUGAUGUUCUGCUCAAAGCACUUGUUAAACAUACAUUCAGCCCUAUAUACCAUGUGUAUAGCACACUGACAACAAUCAUAAGAAGUGGAAAAUAAUUAUAUGGCUGAGCAAAACUGAUCAUUAACACAUCAGGAGCAGAAGCAUUCAAAUCUAACACGACUGUAAGAGAAACAAGAGACUCAUGCAUUUUUUUUACUGGGCACUAAAAGUGUGUGUACAUGCAGCAAAUAUUCAUGUCUACAGCAAAAGAUGUCACAAAAACAUUGGGGGAAAAAAAUGUUAUAUUAUCUAUAUCCCCAGGUCAUAAUUUACAAGCUUUCUUUCCAGUGAUUGCCUUCCAGUUUGUUUCCCCCUGUUUUCCUUCCAGUGUCAUGCACAUGUAGCAGGUUUCAAAUAAAAUACUUUCACAAA